AUGGAGGCUGCCCGCGCCGUGCGCUUCCUCCUCGUGGUGUGCGGCUGCCUUGCGCUCCCGCCGUGGGCCCAGCCGGUGUGUCCGGAGCGCUGCGACUGCCAGCACCCCCAGCACCUCCUGUGCACCAACAGAGGGCUCCGCGCCGUGCCCAAGACCAGCUCGCUACCGAGCCCACAGGACGUGCUCACCUACAGCCUCGGGGGCAACUUCAUAACCAACAUCACGGCCUUCGACUUCCACCGCCUGGGGCAGCUCAGACGGCUGGACCUGCAGUACAACCAGAUCCGCUCGCUGCACCCCAAGACCUUCGAGAAGCUCUCGCGGCUGGAGGAGCUCUACCUGGGCAACAAUCUCUUGCAGGCGCUCGCCCCGGGCACCCUGGCCCCGCUGCGCAAGCUGCGCAUCCUCUACGCCAACGGGAACGAGAUCGGUCGCCUCAGCCGCGGUUCCUUCGAGGGCCUGGAGAGCCUGGUCAAGCUGCGACUGGACGGGAACGCCCUGGGGGCGCUGCCGGAUGCCGUCUUUGCCCCCCUGGGCAACUUGCUCUACCUACAUCUGGAGUCCAACCGGAUCCGCUUUCUGGGCAAGAACGCCUUCGCCCAACUGGGGAAGCUGCGCUUUCUCAACCUCUCUGCCAACGAGCUGCAGCCCUCCCUACGCCAUGCGGCCACCUUCGCACCGCUGCGCUCCCUCUCCACCCUCAUCCUCUCGGCCAACAACCUGCAGCACCUAGGGCCGCGCGUCUUCCAGCACCUGUCGCGCCUCGGCCUACUUUCACUCAGGGGCAACCAGCUCACGCACCUCGCGCCCGAGGCUUUUUGGGGGUUAGAGGCCUUACGCGAGCUGCGCCUGGAGGGCAAUCGGCUGAGCCAGCUGCCUGUGGCACUGCUGGAACCUCUGCACAGCCUGGAGGCGCUGGACCUGAGCGGCAAUGAGCUGUCGGCUCUGCACCCCACUGUCUUUGGCCGCUUGGGCCGGCUGCGUGAGCUCAGCUUGCGCGACAACGCGCUCAGCGCCCUCUCCGGGGACAUCUUCGCAGCCAGCCCGGCCCUCUACCGGCUGGAUCUAGACGGCAAUGGCUGGACCUGUGACUGCCGGCUGCGGGGUCUGAAGCGCUGGAUGGGCGACUGGCACUCACAGGGCCGGCUCCUCACCGUUUUCGUGCAGUGUCGCCACCCUCCGGCCCUGCGGGGCAAGUACCUGGAUUACCUGGAUGACCAGCAACUGCAGAACGGGUCUUGCACAGAUCCCGCGUCCUCGGUUCCCCCGAUUGCCGACAAGCGGCGGCCCCUACCCACAGCUCCAGGGGAGGCGGUGGCGCCCCCUGCAGGUGCCCUCGCGGAGGAGCUGCUGCCGCAGCCACAGCCACAGCAGCGGAGUCGAGUUCUGCCAGCGAUGGCCUGGGAUGGGGCGGCCAGGGAGCUUUCGGGUAACCGCAGCUCCCUAAGGCUGAGUCGGCGGGGCCCAGGCCUCCAGCAGCCGGGCUCCAACGCCGCUGCUGCCGCGGGCACGGCGCCACACCCGCUGGACCUCCUCGAGAAGCCUGAGCGGGCACGUCCGACUCCGUCGGAUCCUGGCCCCGCGGAACCCACCCAGACGGCCACGCUCUCCUCUGCGCCCACCGGCGACCCCUGGCAGCGCGCGGCGAAACAGCGCCUGGCGGCGCAGCAGCAGGAGAGCGCCGCCCAGUCCGACGGCGGGGUCGGCCUGCCGCCGCUGGUAUCCGACCCAUGUGACUUCAACAAGUUCAUCCUGUGCAACCUGACGGUGGAGGCAGUGGGCGCCGACAGCGCCUCGGUACGCUGGGCUGUGCGCGAGCACCGCAGCCCAAGGCCGCUGGGCGGCGCGCGCUUCCGCCUGCUCUUCGACCGCUUUGGCCAGCAGCCUAAAUUCCACCGCUUCGUCUACCUGCCCGAGCGCAGCGACUCGGCCACUCUGCGCGAGCUGCGCGGAGACACCCCCUACCUGGUGUGCGUGGAGGGCGUCCUCGGUGGUCGGGUCUGCCCGGUGGCUCCCCGCGACCACUGCGCGGGGCUGGUCACCCUGCCAGAGCCUGGGAGCCAGGGCGGCGUUGACUACCAACUGCUGACCUUGGCCCUGCUGGCCGUCAACGCGCUGCUGGUGCUCCUGGCCUUGGCAGCCUGGGCGUCGCGCUGGCUGCGGAGGAAGCUGCGGGCUAGGCGGAAGGGCGGGGCUCCCGUGCACGUUCGCCACAUGUACUCUACCCGACGACCUCUGCGCUCCAUGGGCACUGGCGUGUCCGCCGACUUCUCCGGCUUCCAGUCGCACCGGCCGCGCACCACCGUGUGCGCGCUCAGCGAAGCGGACCUCAUCGAGUUCCCGUGCGACCGCUUCAUGGACAGCGGGGGCGGCGGCGCAGGCGGCAGCCUCCGGCGGGAGGACCAUCUCCUGCAGCGAUUUGCCGACUAG